AUGCCUCAACUAGAACAUCUCUGGACUCCUGAAGAUGAUUGGACGGGGGUCAGCGAUCGAGCCCACCGUCGUCGGUUACAGAACCGGUUGAAUCAACGGGCUUAUCGUAUCACAAUCCACCACCCCACAUCAUCACCAUCUCCAUCCCCAUCAAACAAAGCUGCUGCUGCUGCUGCUGCUGCAGCAGAAGAAGAAGAUAAUCACCACUGCCCCCUCGCCCCCACCAACAUCAACAUCCCCCACCUCCGCAAAACCCUCACCACCCUCGCCAUCCAAAGCUACCUAACCAACAGCCCCCGUCUCGAACACCUGCUCAGUCUCUCGCGGCUCAACGUCCACCGAGCCAUCAACGACAACAUCCGCUUACUGGGCAUGACACCCGCGCACCUGCAACCCGACGACGCCCUCUCAAUCUUCAACACUCCAUCCCCUUUUCCAUCCCUCGACAUCUCCACCCUCCCAGAAAGUCUCCGCCCCACGCCCCUCCAACGCCUCAUCCCGCACCACCCCUGGCUAGACUUCUUCCCGUUCCCCGAGAUGCGGGACAGACUGAUUGUAGCGGCAGCGACGGGCUACCUGGAUGAGGACGAGCUGUGUCGGGAUCUCAUGGCGUUUUGGGAUACCCGCAACUCCGGGGCGACGUUGGUGGUGUGGGGCGUGCCGUGGGAUCCGUGCAAUUGGGAGGUCACCGAGGCGUUUUUGAGGAAGUGGAGGUGGGUGGUGGUGGGGUUGGGGGGGUUGAGGAGGAGUACGGAUUAUUGGAGGGGGAGGAGGGGGGAGGGGAAGUUGGUGUUUUAAUAGCAUAGCAUGCUGGUUUGAUGUGAUGGAUGAGUUGGUAGACUAGUCUUGUCUGGUA